UCUGCGCUCCUUUCUCUCCUCAAUCUUCAUCUCUAGCUCCUGGACCUCGCCCCUUUUUCAUUCUCAUCGCAUUGCAUCGCGACCCUGACCCGAUUCCCGCCCCACGCUUCCAAGAAUCGAAUCGUCUACGCCAUUAUCAUCACCUCCUCUUCAUCACUUCGACGUCGCAGUGUCCGCGGCUGGCGGGUCUAGUCAUAAGAAACCCCCACUGUCCUUCGCCAUGGCAACGGCGGGCUUUGCGAGGCACGUCGUGCGGACUGCCAUCGAACUCACCCCAUCCCCGACAGGCGCACAGAUGGCCAGGCGAUCAGUGCCGCCAGAGCUCCAAAACGUCCCUGAGACUCCGGGCCUCACGCUCAAGGCCGUCACCAUCAUUCUCGGCUCCCUCGCAACCCUCUGGCUCCUCGUCGUCGCUGUUGGCAUCCUCUGUAAAUACGCAAACAAGCCUCGCUCUGCAGCCCACAUCGGCGGCUAUCUCUCCAAGGAGAGGCUAUACCAGCCUAGCGCAGCGGGGUAUGGCAAUCGUGGCUCCAGCGCGGCGCCGCAGGAUCAAAAAUCGUACGGUGCUCGUCAAAGCCUUCUCGGAGCAGCAAGCCCCAUGGCACGCCUCCCCUCCAACACCGCAUCCCCCGACGCCUCCUUCACAAUCGACUACGGCAACUCGACCCCUGACCUACACUCCUCCUCACAGCGUCGCGACUACUUCGCCGGUCCUUCUCCCAACCUACCAGCCGGUCGUGCGGGCGGCCCUUCCGGCGCACAUCAUCGCCAUGCAUCCAGCGGCGUCGGCUUGCCAGGCCCGGCAACAGCAGUCCGCCGAGGGCCAGGAGGAUCCCAACACCCGCCCCUCUCCCUCGUGCCCGCAGGACCUAGCUUCAGCGACGCCGCCAUGCCUUCGCCAGAUGGGGGAGCAUUCAGACCAGGGCAGAUCUUCCAGCAUUCGCAGCAAGGAGGGUACAGCGGCGGACCUGCUCGCUCUGCGUCUCGCAGCGUGGGCGUGGAGCGGUCCAACUCGAAAGUGAUGCGUGGCCCACCUCCAGCUCGUUCAAACUCGAAGCGACGCUCGCGCUACUCGCGAUCCCCCCGCGUAGAGUCGCUUGGCCCUGGCCAGAUUCGCGCGAGCAGAUACUUUGACGAUGAGCAGGAAGAUGACGGCGGGUACGGCGGCGAGGGCACAAAUUACUCGCGACGGAAGAGCAGGUACUCGAUGGCUGGCGGCGGACAAUCGCGGCGUAGUCACUACGGCGGCGGGGGAGGCAGCAUGAGCGGUGGUGCAGGUGGGAUGUUCCCCUCUGCGACGUCGAGACAGAGCAUAUAUGGGCAAGGCUCGGAGGAUAUUCUGCGUCGAGCAGCGGCCGAGGGAUUCGGUAGUGGAUCGCCAGACUUUGGCCCUCAGACGAGUAGGGGAAAUACACAAGGGAUGGACCCGUUGGGAGCGCAGAGGAGAGGGCCAGCGCCCGGAGGGGCUGGAGGGCAACGAAGACCAAUGCAACCCCAACAGCAGCAGCAGCCAUACCCGCCUCAGCAGCAAAGGCCUCAGCAGCAGCAGCAGCAGCAAAGAUACCCACCUGGCGCCGCGGGGUAUGCAGGGAAGCCGCAGAAUGGGGGACCACCAGGGGCAUAUCGCGGUCCGCGCCCAGGAGAGUACGCUGACCCGCGUAAUGGCGGGCCAGGCCCUGCCUACGCUGGCUUCGGUGGUCAAAUGGCAGCGAGGCAACCUCAGAUGGUUGGCGGGUCUGGCUCGUCAGGUGCGCGGCAGCUUGUAUGACAGAGAGGUAACCUCACGACGUGCCGUAUCACUUGCUGCGCUUAUGCAUCCUCAAUGCAGUCAUUGGAAUUUCCCAGCUGACGUGUGCAAGUGAAGAAGCGUCGUGCUUGUGUCGCGCUUGUGUCGCGUUUGAUGUCGGGCGAGCUUCGCCAGACAAGGCGAGGAUUGAGAUUUUCUCCCAGUCCGCCCUCUGCCGCUUUGAUCCCGAGUCGCGCUUUUUGU